AUGGAGCAAGAAGACUUGAAUCAUCACCACAACAACAACAACGCUCAACAUGAAGCUCGAGCCGUUUCAUCGUCCUCUCCCACCCACCCCCUCCAUCCCCUAACUACAACCACCAUCACCACUACAGCAAUGUCAUCAUUAAACACCACCACCGCCAACCCUUCCAAUGUAGAUACUCCCUCCGCAGUCCCAUCUCCCUCCUCAACAACAACAACAGCCAUGAAAGUCUCUUUUGCAACUACGACCCAAACACCCCGCAAUAAAAUGCCCGUCAGUGUUUCCAUGAGUACGCAAGCGUCGGAUCGUGACGACAUGGUCGAACUUGUUCCGAUGCGCACUUCUGCUUCUACGACAACAAUGGGUGGCAGAAAGGAGCAUCGAGAACACUCACCAGCAUCUCCUGCCACAUCUGAUAAGCAAUCGGGAGUAGUAACAUUCGGAAAUGAACAAGAACAUCAUCAUCAUGACCAACGACAUCAGGAUCGUCACCAUCGUCACUUGUUGAGCAAGAGUUUUUUGUUGGGUUUUAUUCCAAGGUGGACGUUUCAUCCCAAUAAACAAUCGGAAGCAAGAGAUUUACUAGCUGUGGAACGAACGCAAUUGGCAUGGGUAAGGACAGGCCUCUCAACCAUUGCCAUUGGAAUUGCAAUUGCUAAAUUAUUGACAACUGGCUCGGAUUCUGAUGCCGCCAAAAUUUUGAUGGUCACAAUAGGAACCAUAUUUAUUAUUUUAGGCCUCUUAAUAUUCUUUUAUUCUUUCGUUCGAUUCCACUAUGCAACACGACGAUUAAUAUCUGGAGUGUAUGUUGCAGAUAUGUUUUCGCCUGUUUUCAUGUUUGUUUUCGGAGUGACUGCCUGUGUUGCAGCUCUUGCUCUUGUCUUUGUGUGA